AGUAUAGAUAAUGUAAAAUGUAAUUUAUUAUAUUUAUAAGUCAAAACUAAAAUGUGGUUCGUAUUGUUUUGGAUUUCGUUGUUCAUCCCCGCUCAAGGACAAACCUCAAAGAAUACAUUAGAUUUCCGAAACUAUAGAUUAGAACUAUUUGAUUCUGGAAAAGAAUAUGAUGCUGCCAAGACUGUAUGUGAAGGAAGAAAUGCAUGGCUUGUUGAAAUAAAAGAUGAAGAAACUCAAGCUGCAGUGAAACAAAUUGCUGAAAAUAUCAUUUGGAUUGGUUUACAUCAUAGCAGCGGUUGGAAAUGGAACAAUAUCCGUGAAUUACACUAUAAUAACUGGGAACCCGGGCGUCCCAGAACUGUCAGAGAGGAUUGGAAAAACUAUUGUGCAGCUUUCAAGUCAUCUGAUGGAAAAUGGAUUGAUACCGAAUGCACAACCGUCAACCGAUAUGUUUGUCAAUCAGAUAAAACAUUCUUCAACAAGGAGCUUCAAAUUAUAUCAAGUCCUUCAAAAACAUUUUCUGAGUCUCAGCAAGCCUGUAAAAAUAACGGAUCUACACUUGUAGAGAUAAAAACAGAUACUUUCAAUUCUUUUAUUGACAACAAAUUAAGUGGCAGCAUUAAUUUCUGGACGAGCGGAAAUGAUUUAAAAAAGGACGGAGAUUGGAAAUGGGGAGAUGAAACACCUAUAGAUAGCAAUGACAACAAUUGGAAGAAAUGGUCAGGACGAAAUGAGCCAAAUGGAGAUAAAAGAGAAAACUGUUUGAUGAAAUAUGCCGAAUUUGGUUUCGAAUGGGUUGAUGUUGCAUGUAGUGACAGGGCUGGAUAUAUUUGUCAGUGGGAUAAACCACCUGGUGAUUGCGGUAGAGAUGUCUGUUUAGACAAGGGAACGUGCAACUUCAAUGGAAAACGAUACAUAUGCACCUGUGAUGCAGGAUAUUUUGGAACAAAAUGCGAGAAAGAUCUUAUAUCGAUUUCAACUUCAACUACUCAAUACAUUAGAAAGAGAGGACAAAGUCUUAAAGCCGAAUUCGACAUCACAUCUUAUGAUGGCAACAUUAAAAUUACAGUCUCAACCACUGACAAUCUUUCAGUCACAUCAAAUUCUACAACAGCAAUCACAAGCAAUACUGUUUCAUCCACUCUUGCUUUCACUAUCAAUCCAUAUGAAGAAACUAAAAACGAGCUCACUUAUACAUUUACCGCUGCUCCGAUUUCAACUACCAGCCCGACUUAUUCUAGGGCGGCGACAGUAGAUGUAAGAAUUACAGAUGCCUGCGAUUUAUCACCUUGUCAAAAUGGGGCCACCUGUCAAUAUUCGACCGUAGAGCCAUAUUACAAUUGCACUUGUCGGCCAGAAUACAAUGAAAAUACCUGUGAAGAACUAAAGUACACGUUAAAUGGAAACUGCAAAUACCAUGUCAACUUAUUCAAAAGAAAAACAUUCAGUGAAUCAAAUGCAACUUGCCAUAGUCUUGGAGGAACAAUUGCGAUGAUGAAAACAGACGCAAUACAAGAUUUUGUUGAAAGUCAAAUAAUAAAUCAAUAUGGUGAAGGAGGCACAAUUGAAUUUUGGAUUGGAGCCUAUAAACCAAAUACCAAUUGGUUAUGGGUUGAUGGUACGCCUAUUACUAACGGGAAAGGGAAGUGGGCUUGGACUGUAACAAAACAAGGAAAUGGGUCUUUGUUUAUGAGCUCUUACAUGACAACGAGGGAUAAAAUGAAAUGGUUUAACGAUGACGGCUCUUCAAACCGUGGAUAUGUUUGCGAGGUUUCAACCGUUGACUUGUGCUCUCCAUCUCCAUGUCUUUAUUGGGGAACCUGCUUAAGUAUUGGGUGUCAAAGGAGUUGCAAAUGUUUGGAUGGUUUUACAGGAAAUAAUUGCGAGACAACUCCAAUUUCAAUCUCUUCUACAAAACGAAAUUACACUGCGAACAUCGGGGAAUCUAUCACAGUAACGCUGAAUAUUCAAAGCAAUCACGGUCUGGUGAGAAUACAAGCCUUCAGAAAUGUAAACUUCAACAAUGUGAUUUUGACCAAACGAAAUGUUGGAACAAGUGAUGAAAUCAAGCUUGGCCCUUUUACGAAUCCCAGCGAAAGAACCAUAUAUACUUUCCGCGCGGACCCAGAGUCCAACCUUGGUGCCUAUUUCAUAUCAACAUCGAUAACUGUCGUUAUUGAAGCUGGAGCUACAAUAAGUCAGCUACAACCAACAGAUAUCUUCAUUGGAACAAGCCCAAAUUCUAUCAGAUGUUACGCAACCGGCGUACCAUCACCAACUAUUCGUUGGUACAAAGAUUCAAUACUUAUCACCACAAGUUCUUCAUCCAAUGUAUAUCAGCGGAUAGAUAAAACUUAUGCUGAAUUCAAUGCUCAGAAAGCAAAUAUUUCCGAUGCCGGUAAAUACACCUGCGUUGCAACCAAUACGAUACAAGGAAUUAAAAAGUCAGCAAAUUCUACAGCAGUCGUUAGAGCAAAAGUUACUCUCGUCAACUCAUCAGUAACAAUGCCGAACAUCACCUCAGAAUCUCUUCAACUAAUGUGCACGUUCGAAGGGUUUCCGACUCCCAAAAUAGAAUGGAAAUUCAAAAGAGAGGGAAAUUAUCAGAAGAUUUUUCCAAAUCAUUCCGGAUCAGUGUUCAGAUAUCAGAAUCAGGCUGAACCUGCAAAUCAUCCGAUCAAAAACUCGAGUCAAUUAUAUAUUUCAUUAUCUGAAUAUUUGGGGACAAUUGAAGUUGUCUGCUCUGCAUGGAAUGAUUUCGAAAACUCGUCAAAUGAAAAGACUUUUCAAAUGAACCAAAAUGUUGUGACAUCUGUUGGGAAGUUGUAUAAAUUAUUCGGAAAAGUAGAAAAAGAAAAAAGAAAUAUGUCUGACGCUGAACAUUUCUGUUAUUCUGCUGGGAGUCGUUUGGCUAAAAUAUCCAACAGCGAAACUCAAGCAUCACUGAAAUCGAUGAUUAUUCAAACCGGAUUUUCAUCAAACGUAUAUAUAGGUGCACAAAGGACAAUUGAAGGAAAUAGUCGAAUAUGGAGAUGGGAUGAUGACACAUUGUUCUACAACGAGACGAAGCAUGGAAAGUGGAUCCAGAAAGAAGGAUUCGCGGAUGGAAGUUAUGUUGCUUGGCAUAAAGGCAGGCCAGAUCAUGAUGUAUCUUGUCUAGUUUUGCGAUCGGAUUUUCAUUGGGAAUGGGCUGAUGCAUAUUGUACAUCACUUAUUGGCUUCAUUUGUGAAAGUACAAUUCCUGAAAUUACAAAAAAUCUCAGCGCAAAUGUAGACGAAUGCAGCUCAAAUAUCACAAUCAAUUGGAUUCCCGCUUCAGAAGCAGUUGGAAUUUUACACAGAAUUGACGUCAUAAAAGAGGAUUCAAAUGCAACUUUGCAAAACUGGCGAACAGAUGUUGUUCCUUCUCAUCAAAAUUUGAUGUCAGUGAAAUUAACAAAUUUAAAUUAUUCUACACCGUAUCUUAUCCGAGUUACUGUGUGUCCAGAAGAGUGCAAAUAUUCUUUCACUUCGACAAUAAAAGUGAAAACACAUGCAACAAUUCCUGAAAAGAUAGAAGAAGCAAACGUAAAUAAGGAAAAGGAAAAUAAAACAUGUUCAAUUUCAUGGAAAAAGCAAACGGAAGACAAGGGGAUCAUUAAUUUUAAGAUAAUUGCACAUUCCACACUAGUCUAUGCAGCUUCGGAAUUCUAUUCCAAACAAAUGUACCAGACAGUUUACAACGCAACAACUCAUUCCACAAAAUUGGACGUAGAAUACUCUUUCAAUAGAAACUAUUCAUUCACUAUUCAAGCAGUAACUUGUGCUGGUGUAGGUCCACCGUUAAAUAUUAUUGGAAAUUGCAUAACAGAAAGAGGAAUACCAGACGAAAUUCAAAAGUCAGUUGUGUCAGACCAACCAAACAACGACGGAACUUACAAUGUUGAGAUCAAUUUCCCAGAAGAACAAAAUGGACCUAUCAGUUGUUUGUUUCUCAUUGUUGUGUAUGAAGCCAACAAUUCAAGUUUAAGACAAAUUGAAAAUCUCGAAGAAUUGAAAGAUCUCAUGAGAAAUUCAGUCAAAGCAAAUCAGCCAUAUAUUGCCAUUGCUAUUUCAGGGAAUAAAAUAAAUGAAGAAAUUGAAAACACUAACAAAAUAUCGCGACGUUUGGGAGAUGAAUCAUCAACUUCCUGCAACAUAAAUCUCGCCUCCAAUAAUACAAGAAACAAGAGAGCUGUGUCAACAUCUGAUGAUGAUGUGACAGGUCAAAACCUCAAGCUAAACAAUGAUGCCGAAUACAGCUACUACACAGUGUCGACAACACCGGGAGAAGAUGGGGUUUUGUUGAAAGCCAGUGAAUUGUCGCAAUUCACCACUAAGUCUAAAGAACUCGUGCCUACAACUAAUCCUUUAUACAUCGUCUUACCUCUGGUUGUUCUGGCUGUGUUGGGUAUUUUUGUCGUCAUCAUGAUCAUUCGAAGGCGACGUGGGGGUGAGAAGAAAACGCCCAAUUUGAGCAUGCAGGUGUUACAUGACGAGGAAGAGCACGUUUACGCUAAUUUAUCAAUGGAUAAACACGAACCAAGGUCAGAAACAGAAAUUCAACUUGAUCAAUUGUUGGAAAAUUAUAACAUGAUGAUAUCUUCAGACAGAGCAAAAUUCAGGGAAGAGUUUGAGGAUUUAAAAGAAAAGGCAAAGCGCCUUGAUUACGCAACUGAAAUCGGAGCCGCUGUUUCACUGAAAAAGAAAAACCGAUACAAAAAUAUUUUACCUUGUGGGUUUCCUUACUUACUCUUUUAUUAUAUGAUACAGUAUUUUCAUUUUCAUCGUGAUAACUCACGAGUUGUUCUGAGUGGCGAGGGAGACAGCAAUUAUAUCAAUGCUUGCUACAUUCAUGGCUUUAGCAAACCGAAGAAAUACAUUGCUACACAAGGUCCUCUACCAAGUACGAUGGAUGAUUUUUGGAGAAUGAUUGCAGAACGGAAAGUUACUUGUAUUGUUAUGCUGACAAAAUGCAUCGAAAAUGGAAAAAAAAAGUGCGAAAAAUAUUGGCCAGAUCAAGGAAUAGCUAAUAAGUACGGAGAAGUUGAAGUUGAAAAUUUGGAAGAAGUUACCUAUGGGGGAUUUAAAGUUCGUAAACUAAAAGUUAUAUCAAAUACACAGCAAAUAACAACACACAUGUUUCAUUUUGUGAAUUGGCCUGACCAUGGAGCACCAGUCACUACCAGCAAUCUAAUUAGAUUCCACAAUUCCGUAUCAGCCCAUGAAACGAAUGCUCCAAUUGUUGUGCACUGCAGUGCUGGAGCAGGAAGAACUGGCGCUUUCAUUGCCUUCGAUAUGUUACUAGAAGAAUCUAGAGCCCUGAGAUCAGUUGAUGUUUACAAUUGUGUUUUGAAGAUGAGAGAGCAAAGGGUGGAUAUGGUUCAGAGCUGCGACCAAUACAUUCUCGUGCACAAACUUCUCUUGGAAAAUUAUAUGUACGGUGAUACUGAUAUGGGUCCAGAUGAAGUGAGCCAAUAUUUAGAAGGCGACCAGCAAGGGGUCAAACUUCGUAAGCAGUUUGACAACUUGGGAAAGAUUGGACCUAUAAAUCAAACUAAGCAUGGAAAUACGGGGGAUUACAGAGCAAUGAAUAGAAAUCCAGAUAUUAUACCAUACGUUAAGAACAAGGUUGUGAUUGUGAGGGGAAGUGAUGAAACUGAAACGCCUUAUAUCAAUGCAUCUAAGCUUGAAUCAUACGGCGAUAUCACAAAACUAAUUGCUGCACAAGGCCCAAUGAAGUCAACCACAAAGUUUUUCUGGAGAGCAGUAAUUGACAACAAUGUCAACACUAUUGUGAUGUUAACCAACGAUGAAGAAGGGAAAAAGGAGCAAUGUUAUCCUUAUUGGGAAGAUGAUCAAAUGCUUUCAAAAAGCUUGAAUAUAUCUGUAAAAGCUACGAACACAGAAGGACAAAUUAUCAGAAGAGAAAUACAAGUUUCUGAAGACGAAGCAGUAAAGACAAUAAUUCACUACCAAUAUGUUGGAUGGAAAUCAAACAAAUGUCCUGAAUCCACUUCCGAUAUAAUUGAACUCAUAGAGAAAAUGCAAUCGAGCGUAAGAAGAAACAAAGAAGCAACUGCUCUGAUUCAUUGCAGCGACGGUGCUGGAAGAACUGGAACAUUCUGUGCAAUAUUUAAUUUGCUUGAAAGAUUACAAUGUGAAAACCGGGUUGACGUGUUUCGGACAGUGAAAGAUCUUCGUGACUGCAGACCUGGAAUGGUUCAAUCUUUGGAUCAAUAUCGGUUCUGUUUCGUAACUGUCUCAGCUUAUUUAUCAUCGUUCAACCUCUACUCAAAUUUUGAUGUUAGCAACGGAAAGCAAAUUGCACAGGAAGAGAGUUUUUAUCAGAACAUAUAAAAAAAAAACAUGAGGUCUGAAACAGAGACCGAGUAAUAAAUCUUGAUGUCCUUAGAACUAAUAAAAUUUAAAAAAUGCAAACUUUUGGAUAUCUCUAUGUUGAACUAACAGCGAAGUUCGCCUUGUUUGUAGAUUACUUUUUCCUAACCAUGACUUUGAAGCAAUUCCUUAUGAUGAUUGAAUGAUCAAAUGUCUAUAAUGAUAUUAAUGUAAUGCAACAUUAUUUUAUUGCUACUGCUCUUAUUAACAUUUGCACCUUAUAUUUUGAAAUUUCUUGCUCUAUUUAUUUCACUGUAUAUACGUAUUGUAACCGUAUUAAUUCCAGCAUGUGUCGUGUGAAUAAUAUUUACAUACUAUAAGA